AUGGGAGUAAUAGUUGACGGCUGGCAUUUACACCUUGUUCGUUUCGCUGAUGACAUCGUUCUUAUAACAUCAAGCAUCAAUUAUGCGGAAAGGAUGCUGGCCGGUUUUGGUGAAAAGUGUAAGAAGAUCUGUCUUCAGCUGAAACUAGACAAGACGAUGUUUAUGAUGAACGGAUGGGUUUCUGAUGUCCCAUUCGCGCUCAAAGGGACGAAUAUUUCCGAAUGCUCCAUCGAUGUAUACUUACGUCGGGAAGUUAACAUGAUGAACGACCUGAUCUGCAAGCUGGGCAGGAGGAAACGAGCGAAACCUGGACGUGCUGCAAGCAAGAGGAAGAUGCGAUUAGCGUCAUAUUGGAAGGCGCAAUUGAAAGGCUUCCGUCAGCUAGCAAAUCCACAUUCGCCAUUUGUUCCUGGACAUAACAAUGUGACAACAAAAUGGCAGCAACCACGAACUGCCGCAAGAGCGUUGGAGAAGAAGGAGAAGAAGAAGAGUGAGGGGGGAGUCGUAUUCGAGAGGGUCGUGUCCCGUCACUACGCUUGA